AUGUUCUCCCGGAGGAGCCACGGGGAUGUGAAGAAGUCCACCCAGAAGGUGCUGGACCCCAAGAAGGACGUGCUGACCCGCCUGAAGCACCUGCGGGCGCUGCUGGACAAUGUGGAUGCCAGCGAUCUUAAGCAGUUUUUUGAGACCAACUAUUCUCAAAUAUAUUUCAUCUUCUAUGAAAAUUUUAUAACACUGGAAAAUAGUUUGAAAUUAAAAGGGAAUAAUAAGUCACAAAGGGAGGAGCUGGACUCCAUUCUCUUUCUUUUUGAAAAAAUAUUGCAGUUUCUACCUGAACGAAUUUUCUUUCGAUGGCAUUACCAGAGUAUAGGCUCAACUUUAAAGAAGCUUCUACACACUGGAAAUUCUAUUAAGAUAAGAUGUGAAGGAAUCCGGCUGUUUCUUCUGUGGCUUCAAGCACUUCAGACGAACUGUGCAGAAGAGCAGGUGCUGAUUUUUGCUAGCCUGGUGCCGGGAUUCCCUGCCAUCAUGUCGUCCAGGGGGCCCUGUACACUGGACACGCUCAUCAACCCUGGGCCCAGCGUGGCUGAUGCGAAGAUCCAUCCAGAAGAAAUCACUCCACUGCUGCCAGCCGUAUCAGGGGAGAAGGUCGCCGAGGACCAAACGUGCUUUUUUCUUCAAGUACUGUUGAAAUACAUGGUUACUCAGGCUGCAAGCUUGGAGUGGAAGCAUAAGGAGAAUCAGGAGACUGGGUUUAAAUUUCUGUUUACGUUGUUUCGAAAGUAUUACCUUCCUCAUCUGUUUCCCUCGUUUACCAAGUUAACCAACAUCUAUAAGCCUGUGCUGGACAUCCCCCACCUGAGACCAAAGCCUGUGUAUAUCACGACCACUCGAGACAAUGAGAGCAUUUAUAGCACAAAGAUCCCAUACAUGGCAGCUCGUGUCGUCUUCAUUAAGUGGAUGGUGACUUUCUUUUUGGAAAAAAAGUAUCUAACUGCAACACAGAACACUAAGAAUGGAGUUGAUGUAUUGCCUAAAAUCAUUCAGACCGUCGGGGGAGGCACUGCAGUGCCGGAGCGGGCGCCGGAGCCAGAAGCUGUUGGGGCGGCGGAGCAGGACCGAGGCCGCGCGGAUGGGAGCACGCUGUCCGAGCGCCGGCUCAGCAGUUGCAGCCUGUGCAGCAUUGAGGAGGAGCAUCGUGAGGUUUACGACAUGGUCCAGCGCAUCCUGCUGUCCACUCGCGGCUAUGUCAACUUCGUGAACGAGGUGUUCCGCCAGGCAUUUUUGUUGCCUUCGUGUGACAUAGCCAUAACCAGAAAAGUAGUUCAAGUGUACAGAAAGUGGAUCCUGCAGGACAAACCUGUGUUCAUGGAGGAACCAGACAUAAAAGAAGCUGCCCAAGAAGAUGCUGAAAAAUUAGGAUUUUCAGAGACUGAUAACAAGCAGACCUCUUCUGAAGGUUCCGGUCACAAGCGGUCUUCCAGUUGGGGACGGUCUUACUCCUUCACCAGUGCCGUGAGCAGAGGGUGUGUGAUGGAAGAGGAGAAUAAGAACGUGAAGGCUGGGGCCCAGGCAAUGCUGCAGGUAUUUCUGACAAACGCUGCAAACGUCUUUUUGCUGGAGCCAUGUGUGGAGGUUCCCAUGCUCUUGAAGGAGCAAGUUGAUGCCUGCAAAGCUGUUCUGAUUAUCUUUAGGCGCAUGAUAAUGGAGCUGACAAUGAAUAAAACAACCUGGGAACAGAUGUUGCAAAUACUGCUCAGGAUAACAGAAGCUGUCAUGCAGAAGCCAAAGGAUAAACAAAUCAAGGACUUGUUUGCCCAGAGCUUGGCAGGGUUACUGUUUAGGACGCUCAUAGUGGCCUGGAUCCGAGCAAACCUCUGCGUGUACGUUUCCCGGGAACUCUGGGAUGACUUUCUUGGGGUGCUCUCCUCCCUCACGGACUGGGAGGAGCUUAUCCAUGAGUGGGCCAGCAUCAUGGACUCGUUGACGGCUGUGCUGGCCAGGACAGUGUACGGAGUUGAGAUGACCAAUCUACCUCUGGACAAGUUAAGUGAACAGAAGGAAAAGAAACAGCGAGGCAAAGGCUGUGUUCCAGAUUCUCAGAAAGGAAGCACCGUGGGGAGGUCCUUUUCUCUGAGCUGGCGGAGCCACCCCGACGUGGCCGAGCCCAUGAGAUUCAGGAGUGCCACCACGUCCGGGGUGCCAGGGGUUGAGAAAGCCAGAAACGUUGUCCGGCAGAAGGCAACCGCUAAGCGAAGCCAGUCUAUCAGCAACUGUGCCCACCUCUCUGAGGCUUUGCCCGCCACUAAAAGCGUCCCACUCCUCCUCCACACCAUGAGCGCUCUCUUCCCCGGUCUCUCUUACUCUUCUUGCUCCCACAGGCUGUCAGAAGUGGAAGAAUACCUGCAGCCAGAAAACGCACCUGCCGCCGAAUCUGGGCCCCUGGGGCAGCAGCCGAUGGUUCGGAGCGGCAGCAGCCCUGAGGUCACCGAGCCGCUGUGUCCUGAGCCCCCCCCAGGCCAAAAGCUAGAAAAUGCACAGAAUGUGAGUUCUUCAGAGCCCAGACCUGCUCAGGAGACCAAAGGGCAUGAGAAGAAAGAGCAUGAAGGAAUAACAAUCUUAGUUCGAAGAAGCAGCAGCCCCAUUGAACUGGAUUUGAAAGAUGGCUCACAGCAGAUGCAAGGAAAAUAUAGGGAGAGACAGAAGAGUGACAGUGUGAGCAGUGACCCCACUCUGGGCUGUAGCACCGAGGCAGAGCUGUCCCUGAGCCACUGGCAGACCUGCGAGGAAGACCCAGAUCUGAGCCCGCCUGCGGAUACUGUGACUGACACUGACGCCCGCCACUGGUUACAGCUCCGGCCCACGGAUGCUUCGAACCUAACAGACAGCAGCGAAUGCCUUGCUGAUGACUGCAGUAUAAUUGCUGGGGGGACCCUCACUGGUUGGCAUCCAGACUCAGCCGCUGUGUUGUGGCGAAGAAUCUUGGGGAUCCUUGGAGAUGUGAAUAAUAUCCAGUCACCCAAAAUCCACGCCAGGGUGUUUGGCUAUCUCUAUGAACUCUGGUACAAGCUAGCAAAGAUACGGGAUAACCUGGCAAUAAGCCUGGAUAACCAGUCUUCUCCAUCUCCUCCUGCCUUGAUCCCACCGCUCAGAAUGUUUGCAUCAUGGCUGUUUAAGGCGACGACGCUGCCUGACGAUUAUAAGGAAGGCAAACUGCAAGCCUAUAAGCUGAUCUGCUCCAUGAUGACCCGGCGCCAGGAUGUCCUGCCCAACUCAGACUUCCUGGUGCAUUUUUACCUCGUCAUGCACCUGGGACUGACCAGCGAGGACCAGGAUAUCCUAAAUACCAUCAUAAGGCACUGCCCGCCCCGCUUCUUCUCCCUGGGUUUGCCUGGCUUCUCCAUGCUGGUGGGGGACUUCAUCACGGCUGCUGGCAGGGUCCUCAGUGCAGACACGCUGGCGGCACCUCGUUCGGAAGCCCUCACCAUUCUCGGGUCUCUGGUCUGCUUUCCGAACACCUACCGCGAGAUCCCCCUGCGGCAGCCGGUACCUGAAGUUGCUGAAGUCGCCACGGGAGCAGAAGAUGUCAAGCACUGCCUCAUAAGUAUCUUACUGAAGAAUGCCACAGAGGAGCCGAGUGAGUGUGCAAGGUGCAUUGCCAUCUGCUCCCUCGGGAUCUGGAUCUGUGAGGAGCUGGCACAGGGCACAAGCCACCCUCAGCUGCAAGAGGCCGUCAACGUCAUUGGUGUCAGUUUGAAGUUUCCUAACAAAACUGUGGCCCAGGUAGCCUGUGACGUGCUUCAGCUGCUAGUCUCCUACUGGGAAAAGCUUCAGAUGUUUGAAACCUCCCUGCCUCGGAAAAUUGCAGAAAUCCUCGUGGCCACAAUCGCUUUUCUGUUACCAAGUGCAGAGUACUCCUCGGUGGAGACAGACAAGAAGUUCCUCGUGUCCCUGUUGCUCUGCCUCCUGGACUGGUGCAUGGCGCUGCCAGCGGGCACCCUCCUCCACCCCGUGUCCACAGCGGCCCUGGACGAGCAACCCCCGGCCCGGGCCCCCUUGCUGGAUUACAUCUACAGGGUUCUGCACUGCUGCAUUUGUGGCUCAAGCACGUACAACCAGCAGAGCCGCUACACCUUGACCCUGGCGGACCUGUCGUCCUCGGAUUACGACCCCUUCCUGCCGCUGGCGAACGUGAAGAAUUCUGAGCCGGUCCAAUUUCAUUCAUCAGCAGAACUGGGCAACCUGCUCACUGUUGAAGAGGAGAGGAGGAGAAGGAGCCUGGGGCUGAUCCCACUGACCGCGCGCAUGGUGAUGGCGCACCUGGUCAACCACCUGGGCCACUUCCCGCUCUGCGGGGGCCCCGCCGUGCUGCACAGCCUGGUGGGUGAGCACCACGACAAUGCGCACGCCGACGCCACAGAGCUCUCCCCAGACGUGUUCAGGAGCCCCAGCCUGCAGCUGUUUGUGUUCAACGACAGCACCCUCAUCUCCUACCUGCAGACGCCUGCGACGGGUCCUGCCAGUGGGUCGCCAGCGGGCGCCCCCUCAGACGUGAGAGUGAUCGUGAGGGACAUCUCAGGGAAGUACUCGUGGGAUGGGAAGGUGCUCUACGGACCCCUGGAAGGCCACUUAGCCCCCAAGGGCAGAAGCCCCUCGUUCCUCAUCUCGGGCUGGCGACCCCCAACCCCUAGACCUCAAAGGGCUCCUUCUCAGACUGAGGAGGGAGAGGAUGUCCUCGACAAAUUACUUGAAAACCUUGGCCACACGAGUCCCGAAUGCCUUUUGCCGUCCCAGCUCCGUCUGAACGAACCUUCCCCACCCCCCUGUGGCAUGAACUGGGACCAGGAGAAGGAGAUCACCAAGGUCCUGCUGCGCCAGAGCACACAGGAAGACGAAUAUAUCCAGAGGUGCGACUCGGAUGUGGCCAUGAGGGUCGCCAGCCAGGAGCCGCCGUCCCCUGUGGAGCCCCGGGGAGCCUUCUACUUCUGUAGGCUGCUGCUCGAUGACUUGGGAAUGAAUUCUUGGGACAGAAGGAAGAACUUCCAUCUGUUGAAGAAAAAUUCAAAAUUGUUGAGAGAGCUAAAAAAUCUGGACUCCCGACAGUGCCGUGAAACGCACAAAAUCGCAGUGUUUUACAUUGCCGAAGGUCAAGAAGACAAGUGUUCGAUCCUUUCCAAUGAAAGGGGAAGCCAAGCAUAUGAAGACUUUGUUGCUGGACUUGGAUGGGAGGUGGACCUGUCAACCCACUGUGGGUUCAUGGGCGGGCUUCAGCGCAAUGGCAGCACGGGCCAGACCGCCCCCUACUACGCUACCUCGACCGUGGAAGUCAUCUUCCACGUCUCAACUCGGAUGCCGUCAGACUCAGACGACUCGCUCACCAAAAAGCUCCGUCACUUGGGGAACGACGAAGUCCACAUCGUCUGGUCCGAGCACUCCAGGGACUACCGCAGCGGGAUCAUCCCCACCGCCUUCGGAGACGUUUCAAUCAUCAUCUACCCCAUGAAGAAUCACAUGUUCUUUAUCGCGAUAACCAAGAAACCUGAGGUUCCGUUUUUUGGGCCUCUGUUUGAUGGAGCAAUCGUGAGUGGGAAGCUACUGCCAAGCCUUAUCUGUGCCACCUGCAUCAAUGCCAGCCGGGCCGUCAAGUGCCUCAUCCCCCUCUACCAGAGCUUCUACGAGGAGAGAGCUCUCUAUCUGGAAGCAAUAAUUCAGAACCACCGUGAAGUCAUGACAUUUGAGGAUUUCACCGCCCAGGUCUUCUGUCCAUCUCCCAGCUACUCGGUCAGCGGAACUGAUUAAAAUACGUGAAGAUAUCGCUGCAGUGUUUGAACAAGGGCCCUGGCUACCAGGCUGAACUCCCCUCUAUGGUGCCUCUCGGGGAGGAGGAAACGGAGGAGACUCCCCCACUUCCCCACCCAAACCCCCAAACCAGUGUCCUCGGCGAGUCUCCCUGCACGGGCUUCUGAACUUCAGGAGGAAUCCCACCAAAAUGCUGUGGAUCAGACUCUCAAACUGGGCAGUAGCAUCUCAGGAACCUUGGGCUGUGAAAGAAGAAAAGUCGCCGACAACCAGAGACACACCGGCUGGUGGGGCUGCCCCAGCAGAGGGAACAGGAGGAGGCUCCGGGCUCCCCGGGAAGGGGAGAGGGCGCAGCUGGCUCUGUCCCUCAGGGUCUCCUUUGCUUUGUAAACUGUCCGAUGUUACCCUGUCCCGCUCUUGGAGGAGGGCUUCCUGCAUUGGUUUUGCUUCUCCUUCUGUUAGGAUUCACGGCUAGCCCCAAAUUUCAUCAUCAUGGAAAUUGGCUUUCCCCAGGGCCUCAAGCCCGGCAGAAGUUGUGCUUCCGUUGCUGUGUUUUCCACCUGGUCCCCAAUGCCUGCUAACCAGGGAGAGCAUUCCUGACCCUGACCCUGACCCUGUCCCUGCUAGAGGCCCUCUAUGUGGUGAUGGUGAAGCUCCUGUCUCGGGGCGCUCGAGUGAUUCUAGAAACACAGAGUCCUGUCCCUGCGAAAGCUCCCUUCCUGUCCUCACCCUGUGGUAGGGCCCCCUGCCUCCCACCCUGCUGGGAGGGGCCUCCCACACUUUUCUCGACACACAGAGCUUUAGGGGGACUGAACUUUAGCGAAGGGUAUGAUCCCUACUUUGUACCCGUUUGGCUGCCCAAGAGGGGCCUGUUGUGUCUUUUUUUUUUUUUU